AUGCUGUUAAGCUUUAUUCUUAUCACCACAUUUCGCUUAACAAUCUCAAAUAGCAAUUACGAAGGACAACGUCUGAAUCGUAUACCGUAUUUUAUAAAAACUCCUAAAAAUGAGACAUAUCGUGAAGGUUCAUCGGUUGAAUUAUACUGUGAAGCUGCUGGCAAUCCAAAACCACUUAUUACAUGGACGUUUAAUGAUACUGAGAUAAUUUCGUCAAAAAAAUUCAUUACUGAUGAUAAAAAAUUAAAAAUUUUUCCUUUUCAACAAAGCGAUACCGGAAAUUAUCAAUGUAUCGCAAUUAAUGAAAAUGGCGAAGUGAAGCACGACUUUCAACUGAAUAUUAGAGAAAAUGCAGCACCAUUAAUCGUUGAUAAGCCUUUAUCACAAAAUGCUCAACCUGGCCGUAGAAUCGUAUUUGUUUGUCGCGCUAUUGGCGAACCAACACCGCAGAUCAGUUGGCUGUUUAAUGGAAAUGAAAUUGAUCGAAGUGAUCUUCAUAUUUCGAUUGGCAAAAAUAAUACGGAAUAUAUAAUAGCUCAUGUAACCAGAGAAGAUGAAGGAGAAUACACUUGCUUAGCUACGAAUCCUUUAGGAUCGUCGAUUGAGAAGGCAACACUAAAAGUGGUAUUUCCUUAUCAAAAUCAUAUCGAUGAAAGCCUUACUGAUGAGGCGAUAAAAAAUAUCGUCAACUUAGCCAAAAGCAAUAUAGACAGAGCAAUAGCGGACACGCAAAUGAUGCUUAGUAAGCCGAAUUUAUCACCAGCGGAAUUUAUGCAGAUGUUUAAAUUCAAUACGAAAUUGCAUAACAAUGAUUUAAGCAAAGCUCGAGAAAUUUAUGAACAAAGUUUGCUACUUGCAAAAGAAUACAUCCGUUCUGGCCUAAAUUUAUCAGUCAGCGAGCUACCAACAAAUUUUUCAUUCGAGUCAACCUUAGCCGUAUCACAUAUCCAAACUAUAAUGGAACUUUCUGGAUGUGUCACAGGACCUUUCAGGCGACCAUGCACUAAUAUGUGUUUCCAUUCUAAAUAUAGAUCCUAUGAUGGACAGUGCAACAAUUUGAAUCAUCCAUUUUGGGGUGUCGCGCAAACUCCAUUCCGACGCAAUCUUCCGCCAAUAUAUGAAAAUGGCUUUAAUACGCCAGUUGGUUGGGAUCCAAAUAAGUUAUAUUUUGGCUUCAAAAAACCAAAUCCACGUUCUAUUUCAAUGAAGCUUAUUUCAACAGACGAAAUAACACCGCAUCACGAAGUGCUAAGAUGCUAUGGAAAAAUUUCAGCUCAUGAUAUCGAACAAACAGCGCCAGGACUAGCAAGGCAAACGUAUAUGAAGGGGGCUAUAUGCAAUAAAACCUGCGAGCACCUCGAUCCAUGCUAUAACGUCCCUAUUCCUCCAGAAGACCCAAGGAUGCAAAAAAAGAAAAAACCUGAAACACCUUGUAUCGAAGUGGAGAGAUCGAGUGCAACAUGCGGUUCUGGUGUCACUGGGCCAAUUUAUCGACAACUCACCUAUCGCGAGCAGAUGAACAUACUGACGUCCUAUAUUGAUGGAUCGGGCAUAUAUGGUAGCGCAGAAGUGGAUGCACUUGAUCUGAGAGAUUUAUUUGGUGAUCAUGGACUCCUUCGUUUCGAUAUUGUUUCAAACGCUCAAAAACCAUAUUUGCCGUUUGAACGUGAAUCUAACAUGGAAUGUCGAAGAAAUCGAUCACGCGAGAAUCCAAUAAGCUGCUUCUUGGCUGGUGAUUACCGAGCCAAUGAACAGUUGGCUUUACUUAGUAUGCACACACUUUGGCUUCGAGAACAUAAUCGAAUAGCUGCUAAAUUUUUGGAAAUAAAUCCUCAUUGGGAUGGUGAAACAAUUUAUCAAGAAGCGAGAAAAAUUGUUGGUGCGAUGUUUCAAGUGAUUACUUUUGAACAUUGGCUCCCGAAAGUGCUCGGCACAGAUGCUUAUAACGAACUAAUCGGACCUUAUAAAGGUUAUGAUCCAGAAAUGAAUCCAACUUUGGCAAAUAGUUUUUCUGCAGCUGCCUUUCGAUUCGGUCAUACAAUAGUUAAUCCUAUUCUUUAUAGGCUUGACAAGGAUUUCAAGGAAAUUAAAGAAGGACAUAUUCCUUUGCAUGAAGCGUUUUUCGCGCCUGAAAGGCUACUUUCUGAAGGAGGAAUUGAUCCAUUAUUACGAGGCCUUUUUGCUAUGCCAAUGAAGAAACCAAAAGAGCAACAACUUGUUAACAAGGAACUAACAUCCAAAUUAUUCAGUAGAGUAGAAGAAAAAUGUUUUUUGAUGCUUUUUAAAACGUAUUUGCAGUCGAUGUACGAUCUGGCAACAAUAAACAUUCAACGUGGAAGAGACCACGGACUACCCGGAUAUAUUGAAUUUCGUCGUUGGUGCAAUUUUACUGCAGUAGAGACUUGGGACGACCUUGCUAUCGAUAUUCCCGACCGAAAUAUUAGGCGAAAAAUGGAAGAAUUAUACGGUCACCCAGGUAAUAUUGAUCUUUGGGUUGGAUUAAUAUCAGAAAAACGAUUAGCUGGAGCUCUCGUUGGUCCAACAAUUUCAUGCAUUAUAAGCGAUCAAUUUCGACGACUUCGUGGCGGUGAUCGAUUCUGGUACGAAAAUGAAGGAAUUUUCACAAAACUUCAGUUGCAAGAAAUUCGAAAAAGUUCAUUGGCAGCUGUUCUUUGCAAUAAUGGCGAUGAUAUUGAUCGUGUUCAAGAAGAUGUAUUUGAAUAUAUUGGUAAACGACCAAUGAAUUUUUAUAAAAAAUGUGGCGAUAUCCAACAAAUAAAUUUAAAUGUUUGGCAAUCAUGCUGUGAGAAAUCUUGUUUACCAUCCGUCGAACAAAAUUUUAGAAGGUAA